UGACAAUCUGUCAGUUGUCAGUUAAUUGUUUUGAUUUUUAAUUUCAAUGAGGAAUUAGUUUAUAGAGGUUAUUUUGUUAGUUUUACAUUAUUUUUACCAAUUAUUCCCAUAACGUAACCAUUAGCCGUAUUACCGAAGCGCUUAGAGAGAAGAGUAUGAAUAAAAUUUGCGAUAUUUGCCAAAAGGAAGCUAGGUACAAAUGCCCAACAUGUUUAAUAUAUUACUGUUCUGUUACAUGUUGUAAAAAACACAGGCAAAACAAAUGCGACGUAAUUCAGAGAGACGAACAGACUGAAGCCGAAAAUCUAAUCGUUAAAAAGAGAAAACUCGAACCACUCAUCACCGAAUCCACAGUACCCGAUGAUAAGCUUAAGUUAUUGAGUACAAGCGAAGAAAUCAACUCACUAUUAUCGAAUAGCCAUUUACGGAAUCUCCUAACCACCAUCGAUAAAGACGAAAACGCCGAUGAAAUGAUGCAAAAGGCCAUGCAGGAGCCCCUAUUCGUGGAAUUCUCCGAUGCUUGCCUCAAAGUGGUGGAGCCCCAACCAGAAACUACCAGCAAUACGAGUAAUACGACAUAAAUUCCUUUAGCAUUAAUCAUUGUAAUGUUUCUGUACGCUUAACGGAAACAUAUUUUGUGAUAAUUAAAUUUACUAUAUCGCUACUGUAACUCUGUUUAAUGGAGAUUUAAUGUCUUUAUACAGAUAAGUGCAAAUAUGUUUGCAAUACGGUUGAUUCUAUGAGUUGGACAAAGAAGGGGUAUUAAAAUAACAGUGGUUAGAGUGAGAAGAUUGAAAUAUCAUUCUUUUUCUUUUAUCUAAUGGAAGUUGGAAGUCUUUGUUGCACCUAUAGAGCAUAUUGCAAAUUUGCACUUAUCUGUAUAUCUGUUGAGUCAUAAUAAGGAGAGAUCAUGAUAGAAAUACAAUAAAAAUCUCUCCUUAUUUCAAGAUUUUUUAACAAUAGAUAUUCUAUAAUCGACUGAUUCUGUAACAACUAUAUGUAUAUUUUUUAAUUCGUCUGUAUGGAAAGUAAUAAGAAAAUUCGUUCGAGUAAUUCUAAAAUUGUGAUAGAUAACUAAGGAUAAUUUUUUUCCAAUAAUAAACUUUAAUUUCUGCGCAA